CCACCAGCAAGAGAGGGAGGACAAUAGCUCACAACACAAAUUAACAAACAGUAUCUACUACGGUGGAAGACUACAGGAACUAUGAAUCUCCAGGAGAUUUGCCUAUCAAGGUAUGGUUACCUUAUGUUUACGCUCCUGGUGAUCAGUCUCGCUUUGAAGGGGCUCGCAUAUGAUGAAUUCGACAAAGAAUGUGUCCGUGUCCAUAAUCAGUUAAGAGCACUCCACAAUGCUUCUGCCCUUUGCUGGUCAGAGUCUUUGGCCGGGGAGGCCCAGAAAUGGGCUGAAAACUUAGCGAAUAGGGACCGUGUGGAACAUGAUUACCAGGAUCUUAUCACAAAGGGCCAAGGAGAAAACAUUGCUUGGAUUAAUUCGACAACUGAAAAGUGUGAGGGACCUAAAAAGCCUGGCUGUGUAGGCUGCGGAGAUAUUGUAAAGAAGUGGUACAGCGAAGGAAAAAAUUACGACUUUCAGAAAGGUGCUGCGAUUGAUCCAGGUCAACCUGUCCAUCACUUCAAUCAGAUUGUAUGGAAGUCCACAACAGAACUAGGGAUGGGGAGUGCUCGAAGUAAUGAACAUGGCUUGAUAAUAGUAGCACGAUAUAGUCCCAUGGGAAGCACAGGUGGAACUGUUUCUUUUCUGCAGAACGUCGUUCCUUCAGGUCAAAAAUCUGGAAACGUUUCUCUAGAUACAACAGAUCAAAAUACAAAGUCGAAGCCAGAAACAACUGUAAUAAAGAUCACCAAAGUCGUGCAAAAAUUUCCUCAAGGGAUAAACCCAGAAGAAAAUGAGACGCAAGCCCCUACGACAAGCUCUGGACCAAACGGGAACUCCAUGACUUGUGGAAUCAGAAAACCCAGCCGUAUUGUUGGAGGUGAAGUCGCAUAUCCAGGUGCCUGGCCGUGGCAAGCAGGAUUCAAACGUGAUGCAAAUGACAUAAUCUUCUGCGGAGGAUCCCUAAUAAACAAAGAAUGGAUCGCCACUGCGUCUCACUGCGUUUAUGACUUGCUCAGUAUGAACAAAAACGCUGUGUUAGUGGUGAAGCUGGGUGAGUUUGACAAGGCGAAUAAAGAGGAGCAAGAAAUCUCAGUAAAAACAAAGAAAAUCAUCAUGCAUCCAAACUACAAUUUUAAAACAUUGGAUUACGAUAUCGCCCUUGUGCAACUGGAGGAACCACUUAAAGAGUUUAGCACAUACAUUCGACCCGUGUGUAUGCCAGAUGGUAGCGAGACGUUUGACGAGCAAUCAAAGUGUUACGUAACUGGAUUCGGAAGAACACAGCAAGGAGGAGAGUUAGCCGGAAUGCUGCGCAUGGCAAAGAUACCGCUGGUUAGCAAAAAAACGUGCAAACAGGCAUAUGGCGAGAAGCUUACAGACCGCAUGAUCUGUGCAGGUUUUCCCAAAGGAGGAAUAGACGCAUGUCAAGGAGACAGUGGUGGACCGCUGAGCUGUUUACAUGAGGGCCGUUGGUAUCUGACUGGCGUUGUCAGCUGGGGAGUGGGAUGUGCUCAGCCUAACGCGUAUGGUGUCUAUUCCAAAGUACAGGUGCUGAAGGACUGGGUGCAAGCUACUAUAAAGGCUAACGAGUAGUAAAUCAAUGUCUGAGAUAA